GCUGGAUUCGAGUGACAUUCGAUGGGUCGUCGGGUUGAUUUGAUCCUGCCAAUCUAAAUUGCUUGCAGUAAUAGUAUAACACCAGCUUUGCUAAUCUCGAGGUUAACAUCUCUCUCCAAUCUGGAAACCGUGCUCGGAAGACCAGCCUCGAAAAGAGCUCGACAAGCACCCCCCGCUCGACCCUCACCCGAAAGUCGACCGACUUCUAGCUCUUUCACCUCUUUCGAGCAACUGCAUCAGAAAUGUGUGGUAUCGCAGGAAUCUUGUUGCACGACCCGGUAGCUACCGAGGGGACUUUGGCUGGGACGGAGAUCGUCGAAGCCCUGUCCCUCCUGCAACACAGAGGCCAAGACGCCGCCGGUGUCGUCACGUGCGGAUCCGGCGGUCGGUUUUACCAAGUGAAAUCUAACGGGAUGGUCAGGGACGUCUUUGAUACCAAAGCUGUCGCUGGUUUGAAGGGGUGGAUGGGAGUCGGGCAUGUGAGGUACCCUACGGCGGGGUCGUCGGCGCAUUCGGAAGCACAGCCGUUCUACGUCAACAGUCCUUACGGGAUCGUCUUUGCCCACAACGGAAACCUGAUCAACACCUCGGAGCUCCGUCAAUUCUUGGAUGCCGAUGCGCACAGGCACAUCAACACGGAUUCGGACUCGGAGAUGUUCUUGAACAUUCUCGCCAACAACCUGCAACAGACUGGCAAGUUCCGAAUCAACGAAGAGGACGUGUUUACUGCCAUCGGAGACCUGAUGGAGACCUGCAAAGGAGCCUAUGCCUGUCUGGGCAUGCUCGCUGGUUUCGGUCUCAUCGGGUUCAGAGACCCCAACGGGAUCCGACCUUUGGGCGUGGCCACCCGACCUUCGGCCACGAAACCCUCGGGCAAGGACUACCUCUUGGCUUCGGAAUCGGUCGUCGCCGACGCUCUCGGAUUCUCCGACUGGCAAGACGUUCAACCCGGUGAAGCCAUCAUCAUCACGCGGACCGGGUUCAGCAAGCGGACCGUGGCCAAGCCGGCCACUUUCUCCCCCGACAUCUUCGAGUACGUCUACUUUGCUCGACCCGACAGCACGAUGGAUGGGAUCAGCGUGUACCGUAGCCGAAUGGCCAUGGGGGACGCUUUGGCCAAAGAGGCCCGUAAAGUCCUCACUGCCAAGGGGCUCGAAAUCGACGUCGUCAUCCCCGUACCCGAUACCUCUCGUGUGGCCGCCCUCCAGUUGGCGCAGAACAUGGGGAUCCCGUACAGAGAGGGUUUCAUCAAGAACAGGUACAUCGGGAGGACGUUCAUCAUGCCCGGACAGGCGGUCAGGAGGAAGAAUGUGCGGAGAAAGUUGAACGCGAUGCCGCUCGAAUUUGCGGGCAAGAACGUCAUGCUCGUCGACGACUCGAUCGUCCGAGGUACGACGUCCCAAGAGAUCGUCCAGAUGGCCAAGGACGUCGGCGCCAAGUCGGUCGUCUUUGCCUCGUGCGCCCCUCCUAUCCGUCACUGCAACGUCUACGGUAUCGACAUGCCCUCCCGUCACGAACUUGUCGCUCACGACCGUGACGAGGACGAGAUCGCUCGCGUGAUCGGCGCCGACCUGGUCAUCUACCAGACUCUGGACGACCUGGUGGAAUCGUGUCGACAGUUCAACCCCAAGAUUCCCCAGUUCGACUGUUCGGUCUUUACCGGAGAGUACGUUACGGGCGGGAUCAACGAUGCGUACUUGGACAAUGUGGAAAAGCUGAGGAACGACAAGGCCAAGGCGAAGAAGGGGUCGACGUGGCAGGCCGAGGCCGAGCAGGAGAACUUUGGAUGCAGUGGACCGAUGAACGGCGCCGACGCGAUCAUGGGACUGGCCAACCAUUCUCCCAAGCUCGGGCCGAUCAACGAUUACUUGCCGGCAAACGACGAGGUCGGGCUGCACAACUCGCGGUUCGACGCCUAGGCGUGGGCAAUCAUAGCUUGCAGGAGGAAGAGGGGAAAGAGGAGGAGAGGACGCUGCGAUACUGCGACGCACCAUAGGAUGGGACUGCUUUGAGGGGAAAGGUAUUCAGGGUCGAACUUUAUACAAACACAAAUCACAAAAUCGCCUGCUUGGCACGGCAAGACCCCGCGGUAGCAUCUUGCCGUUUCUUCAUCGCCUGCAUACACAGGCAACGUUCGGUUGUAUGAUUUACGAUUGAUGAUAUAGAUACAUGAUCUCUUGGUCGUCUAAGGGAAAGAG